UGUUUCCCAGGGAUCCUUUUGUGCUUUCCAAAACUGCGGCCAUGGCAGAUCUGGGAGGCCUUCGGGGCGAUCUCUCCUGCCCCGUGUGCCUGGACCUUUUCCGGGACCCGGUGAUGGUGUCCGGCUGCGGCCACAACCUGUGCCGGGCCUGCGUGAGCCGCUGCUGGGGGCAGCUGGAGAGGAGCCUGCGCUGCCCGCUCUGCCGGGAGCUGCUCCCGUUGCAUCGCCUGCUGCAGCCCAACCCCCUUUUGGGCAGCCUGGCGGGGCGCCUCCGGAGCGCCCACCGAGGCCCCACGCUGCCGCUUGCUGCUGCUGCUGCUGCUAGGCAGUAUACUGGGGAUUUCAAGCGGGGAGAACUGCUGCUGUUCUCCCCAGCCUGCUCCUCUGCUGCUAACAACACCCUGAACGUUCGGAAUCAGCAGAGAUUUGCUAAAGACAUGAGAGCACGGCGUGGUGUUGAGAGUUGGCAGCGCUUUGUGCAGCUGUUCACAAAAAUGACCACAUCUGUCUUUCAGGGAAAGAUGGUGGUGGACCAGUCUGGUCUGAAGCUAGAGAUAGAAGCCAGCACCAUUAAAGAGAAGCAGAGAGAGGAGCUGCUGAAGCAGGCGGAAGUGGAAGGACAGCAGCUGACCCAGCAAUGGAAGGAGCUGCGUGGGUUUUUGGAGGAGCAGGAAAGACAUUUGUGGAGCCAUUUGGAAGAGCUCAAGAGAGACAUCGCCCAGGGAGCCCCCAAAACGCUCAGUGAGGAUCCUCUGCAGCAGGAACCGUACAGGGAGCCCGGCCAAGUGUCGCCUAUAUUGGCCCCUUCCCUCUGCAUCUCUGCUGGGUUUGUAACAAGCAGAGAAAUGGAUGUUGGGUUUUGGGAUCAUCUCUCUUCUUCCUCACCCUUCAGCAUGGAAGAUGGCAUGUUGAAGACAGACCUCGCUGUAGCAGAGCUAAAGCAGAGACUCAGCAACUUCUCCAGGAAACGGGCCGUCCUGCAGGAGGCGCUGCUGCGGUUCAAAGAGACUCUCUGCGUGGAAGUAGAUGGAGACAUAGCAGGCUACAGAACGACGCCCUCAUUUCAGUCCGUGCCGAUCCACCCUCCCCAGGAAGACAGAAGCGAAAAAUCUGCAGCGGGCGUGAUCCAGGAGUUGACAGCCUGCAAGAGAGCUGCAGCGCAUUCAGAGGAGUUGCCGGUGGACUCGCCCCUCACAACUGCUGCCAUCGCCAGGACGAUCAAGGAAGAGGAGGAGGAGGAAGCGGGCAUCCCUGCAGCAGGUGAAAUUAAGGAAGAGAACCCGCAGCAGAACGGUCACGAGCCGGCGGAACUCCCCGCCACAAGACUGCCGCGCUCCGAAUGCGGCGCUCCCCAGAGUUUUGAGCGGGUGGGUGCAGGCCAAGCCGCCUUUGCGACAGGAAGGUGGCAAGGAACUAAUCUCGCAACGGGCGCGGGUCAGCCUGCAUGGCCCAAGGGAAGCCGUGCGAAGGCAGCCACCCAGAAGAGGAAAGAGAAAUGCUUCCCGUGCCCCGAAUGCGGAAAGACCUUCCGGCAGUUUGGCGUCCUGAUCACCCACCACCGCCUGCACACGGGCGAGAAGCCCUACAGCUGCACUUACUGCGCCAAGCGCUUCAGCGAUUACUCCAACCUGAUCGCGCACCAGAGGACCCACACCGGGGAGAAGCCGUACCGGUGCACCGACUGCGGCAAGAGCUUCACCCGCAGCACCACCCUCACCAUUCACCAGAGGGGCCACACGCGGGAGAAGCCCUAUCCCUGCCCCCAGUGCGGAAAGCGCUUCAGUCGGUCCUCGAACCUCACUAUCCACCAGAGGACUCAUGCAGGGGCGAUGGGGAAGAAGUCACGGACUUGAGUUAAGGGACGG